GAUUUUAGAGACAUGUGGGUGAAUUAGAACAGAUAAACCCUUCCUAAACGUCAUCUUUUCCGGCCUCACACUCCAUUGGUAAGCUAUAAAUUCAAAGAAAUUUUUUUUACCACUCUUUCAUAAUCAAAAUUCCAUAUAUAGAUUAACAGUAAUAAUAAUUAUAAUUCCCUUUGCUUUGUUCCACAAUGGCCACAAUCACCGUAGAAGACCUGCAUUUGUUCCACUCUAUAGAUAGGAAGAUCUUCUCUCGACUCGUCGUCAACUCGGCCCGUAAUCCGGCCGAGUCGCUUCUAGUCAUGGCCUUCUGGCUGUGGCUCGAAGACCUCGACUUCCCGGGCGUCAUAGACAAGAUGAUGGCGCUCUCGGACUCCACGGUCAACGCCUUGGCCGACGAGGCCGCCGCGUGCCUGAAACGCCUCGAGUCCUCGAAGCCGAACCGGAAUCCUAGGGUUUCCGACGAGGGCAACGACAUGCCACUCACCUCCAUUGUCAUGGGAAGGGCAAUUUCGUCCAAGCUCUUUUGCCCUAACAAGUUCACCGCCAUCAGCGGGAUCAAGUCCUUCCUCAACAAGGUUUGUGCCAUUGUCUUUGCAGACAUCCUGGAGCAGGUCUUGCCCGACGGGUCCUGCCGGGCAAGCCCUGACUCCAGCAUCCCGGUCCCGGGAUUCCCGCACCCCACGUUCGGGUCGAUCGCCGUGGUCCCGAGGAGCCGGGACUCGGCGAUACCGAACGCGGGGCUCUGGGGGUGGUCGAUGGCGACGGAGCCUCCCGUGGACGACAGGACGAUGUUCCUGACGUUCUCGAGAGGGUACCCGGUGACGGAGGAGGAGGUGAGGGAGCUCUUCAACUCGUACUACGGGGACUGCGUGGAGGCGGUGAGGAUGGUGCCGCCGGCCGCCGCGUCGGAGCAGCCGCUGUACGCGCGGCUGGUGGUGCGGUCGGUGGGGACCAUCGACCGGGUUUUGAGCGGCGGGCCGAUCGCGAAGUUCCGUGUGAACGGGAAACACGUUUGGGCACGUAAGUACGAACGAAGAGACGGUGAGAGAAUCACACUGUCAAAUUCCAAUGUUUUGGAUCCCUUUGGAAACAACAAUGUUUGUAAUUCGGAUUAAUUAAUAAUGUUUCUAAAAUAUUAAAAUUAAUGCCAAAAAUGGGGACUUAAUUAUUAAUUACUUUGUUGUAUUAUGGGAUAUAUUGUACUACUACCAUACAUAUCCAACACAAAAUAUAUACACAAUAUUGACUAUGAUAUAUAAUCGUCAUUAGGUUGGUACUCCCUAAUUUUUUUUAAUGUUUUGGUAAAUUCUUUCUCAUGCAAUGGUAAUGUUUUUUAUGUGUUUGUAUAAUUAACAGAAAUAUAUAACUUGUUUCUUU